AUGGAUAAGGAAGUUGCAAGUUCUGGUGGUGCUGCUGAUGAAAUGGAAUCUCAACUCAUUUCACAACCACAAAGGCAGAAGGGGGGUCUUAUCACCAUGCCUUUCAUCAUUGCAAAUGAGGCACUUGCAAGGAUGGCAAGCUUUGGAAUUUUGCCCAACAUGAUAGUGUAUUUGAUGGGAACUUACAAACUUUCUCUUGGAAAAGCUACCCAAGUACUCAUUUUAUCCUCUGCAGCCACCAAUUUCAUGCCAGUAGUUGGUGCUUUUGUUGCAGAUUCUUAUCUUGGCCGGUUCUUAGUUGUUGGAUUAGGUUCUACUUUUACUUUCCUGGGAAUGUCAAUUCUUUGGUUAACAACAAUGAUCCAUCCAGCCGAAGAUGGUAAAUCAGCAACACUAGGAGAAAUGGCAACUCUACUCUCUGCCUUAGGUCUCAUGUCUAUUGGAAAUGGAGGCCUUUCAUGCUCCUUGGCAUUUGGUGCAGAUCAAGUGAAUAGAAAAGAUGAUCCAAAUAACCAUACGUUCCUGGAAAUUUUCUUUAGUUGGUAUUAUGCUUUCACAAUUAUCUCUGUGAUAAUAGGUCUCACUGGAAUAGUAUAUAUCCAAGAUCAUCUUGGAUGGAAAAUUGGUUUUGGAGUUCCAGCAAUACUCAUGCUUUUGUCCACUCUCUUCUUCUUUCUUGCCUCUCCUCUUUAUGUAAAGAUUCGUAAAAGGACCAAUUUCUUCACUGGUUUUUCACAAGUAGUUUUUGCUUCCUAUAACAACAGAAAUAUUCUAUUGCCACCUAAAAACUCUAGUCAUUUUUACCAUCAGCCCAAUGACUCGGAUUCUUCUGUUGUUCCAACCGAUAAACUAAGGUUUUUCAAUAAAGCUUGUGUUAUUAAAGAUCAUGAACAAGACAAAGCUUGUGAUGGCUCCACAAUAAAUCCAUGGAGUUUGUGCACUGUAGAUCAAGUAGAAGAACUAAAAUCCAUUGUUAGAGUUAUUCCAUUAUGGUCAACAGGGAUCAUGAUGUCCCUUAACAUUGGAGGCUCAUUUGGAUUGUUGCAAGCCAAAUCAUUGAACAGACAUAUCACCUCACACUUCGAAGUACCAGCAGGAUCUUUCAGUGUUAUCCUUGUAGGUGCAGUAUUCAUAUGGAUAGUUAUCUACGACCGCGUUCUUAUUCCAUUAGCGUCAAAGAUACGAGGUAAACCAGUGAGGAUCAGCGCGAAAAAAAGAAUGGGAAUCGGGUUAUUCUUUUAUUUUCUCUACUUGGUAACUGCAGCGACUUUCGAGACUAUAAGGAGAAAGAAAGCAAUCAAUGAUAGUGAUGAAGGAGUUUCGAAAAUGUCUGCAAUGUGGCUUGCGCCGCAACUUUGCUUGGCUGGUAUAGCUGAAGCAUUCAAUUUAAUAGGCCAAAAUGAAUUUUAUUACACAGAGUUUCCAAGGACUAUGUCUAGUGUUGCUGUUUCACUUCCUGGAUUGGCAAUGGCUGCAGGAAAUUUGGUUUCUUCUUUUGUGUUUAGCACUAUAGAAAAUGUUACUUCAAGAGGAGGGAAAAAAGGGUGGAUUUGUGAUGAUAUUAAUGAAGGUCGUUUUGAUAAGUACUAUUGGGUUAUAGCUGGUGUUAGUGCUGUCAAUGUAGUCUAUUAUUUAGUAUGUAGUUGGGCUUAUGGACCUUCCGUUGAAGAGUUAAAUAAGGAUUAUAUAAUUGAUUAA